CGGCAUUUAGAGUUCUGGCGCGUCCAAGCAUAAUCCCGAAUUAUUUUGUUCCCACUGGAGUUUCGCGCGUUAUCUCAUUGAUUUGAUAAAAAUAUAUUUUGACGUCUUGUUAUUUAAUAAUGUCAGCAAAACAUUUCGCUUCCAAAGAAAAAUUAUUCAAAAUCUUAAAAGAAUUUCAAGCACGGUUCAAUUCUCCGUUCCGACUCGCUGAAGCGACUAGAUGGUGUGAAAGCUACUUCCUACGUGAGGGUGGUAACGUCGAAACUGUUGGCGUGUUUUUAGAAUUUAUCCUGAGUUUGGGAUUCGUUUAUCAGGUUGACCAAAACAUGUUCUUUUCCAGAUACUAUUUUAACGUGAAAAGGAUUGAGGAGUUUUUUAGCACCUUUUGCAGAUUGACAGAUGGAAGUUCCACAGAAGGCAAAAGUCAGCUAAAAAGUGCUGAUGAGUCUGGUAUCCGAUCUCUCGAUAAUUCUCAAGAAGAUGUAUUUGAAAAUAAUAUCUGUUGUAAAUCUGUCUUAACCAAUACAAAAUCUCACUUAUGGUUCGAAGAGAUAAUUAGACGUUUGUCCUGCGUAAUGGAAACAAAUAGAAAUGAGCUGAUGUCAAUAAUGGGAUCGUCGGACACUGAUUCAUCUACCUCAUCAUUGCCUAAUGAUUUUUCAAUAGAUAUGGGUACUGCCGCUUACACAAACAGUAUAGCGUUAGAAAAUUGGCAUAAUUGCUUAAAGAAUUCAACUGGGAAAUUAGUCAGUCAUGUGGCUAUUACUUGUCUAGAUGCAUUGUCCAAAUGGCCAAAUAAUAUCGGUCAUCAAUCAAAAGUUUGUGAAAGAAAACGUCUACCAAGUUCACUUCUAUCCAUUACAAUUUCCCAUUUGGAAAACUUUCAACAUUGCUGCAUCCCAAAGACAGCAGAAUUACUUCUGGAUCAUAUUUUUUGCAGCUUUCCAGAUGCGAAACUUUUAGCGACAAUGAAUAGUCUUCUUAAAGGUUGGAUUAAUUCCGUUUCAAGUAACGCCAAUGUCUUAAAGCCGUUUGAAAAAACAUAUUCUCCUAAUGUGAUAAGUUCACAUGGUGGUGAUAAAAAUAAUCUCCAAAAUAUUUCACUCCCACCUUUAACUACACCUUUAAGGGAUACAAACAAUUUGCAUAAAAAAGUUUAUGGACAUUCAUUAUCUAAAGCUUUUACACCUGACGACAACUCAUUCACUGAAUACCAUCCUAUUUCUCCGAUUGUAAACUGUCUAAGAUUUGAUGUAAGGGCAUCUGAUCCUGGUCACGACUGUGAAAAUUUAAGUAGUAUGUUAAUUCAAACGGGGAAAUCAAGAAGUCACAGUGUCUCUGAACCAGUUCAUCAUGAGUUGCAUCACCUCAACGGAUAUAACACAACCAAUCAUCAAAGAGAUUCUGGUAAAUCUAACAAUGAUCGUAAUUUGCCUACUACCUCAUAUACCCAACAUUCGGAUCGUGGUGCAUAUUGUUCAUCUAAUCGUAUACCUAGUGAUCCAAUAUCGUCUAUCCAACACCAUUGGCCGAUCAUAGAAAGUUAUGAUUUAGCUCUUGCUUGUCAACUAGUUUUACUUUUUUUACCACCUGUAAUGUUUUCCCGGUUAAAAAUAAUGGUUGAUUUAUUGCGUCGAGUUCUAUCAAAUCAUGAACGCUUAGCUUCGUGGUUGGUAAACUAUGGUUCACGUGAAAAUAUUGAAAAUAAGUCUGAAAACAUUUUACCAUCCGAUACUCUAUCAUCGUUGGAAAUUACAUUGCAUGUGAUUGUAAAACGCUUCGGCCCACUACUUUUACGUGUAUCAAGUGAUUCCGCUGUCAACAAAACAACUUCACGGAUUCGUUGGAGAGAAUGUCUUCUUUGUUUGUUACUUUGUGACCCGGAAAACUUCCUCUUAACAUCACCCAAUAGUUUACAGUCUUGUUUACGAUCUGUAAAUAAUGAUAAUAAUACGACAAGCGAUAAUAUUAAACCAGAACAAGAAAAUAUUCUACACAUUGAAGAGCUUAUUGGAUUAGAUGGUAUCAAGUCACAGGGUUCAAGAAAGUCCGGAUUUGCUCGCUCAUCAUCGUCAUCAUCUUUACCAGCAUUUAUUCCACCAAUCAGAUCAGCAUCCAGUAUUAGUUUAGAUGGUAGAUUGUCAAAAUUAAUUGGAUCACGAGAUAAUCUAAUCAAAUUUGCAUCAACUCCUACAAAAAAUGGUAGAAGUAGCAGUUUACAAAACUCUCCACGUUCUACCGAUACUUCUAGUUGUCGUCGUAUAUUUGAUGAAAGUAAUUUAGGUAUUGGAAAUCUAAGUAUAAAAUCACAUUCUACACUUUUUAUCAGUGAAGAGUCUUCCGGUCGGUUUGGUCGUUCCGGGAAUUGGAGUGUAGAAAAUUCUCUGAUUGGUUUAAAUUCAAGUAUAUUUUUUCAGUCUGAUCUAGAUCCCAAACGAUUAGCUGCAUUAGGUAAUACAGCUCAUUUGAUCAAGCUUUUAAAUCAGAUUCUCAAUGACCGUGACAUGAAUCCACGUAGAAAAAUGAAAUGUCUUCAAGAUUUUCGCAAAUCUCAUCCAGAUGUGUAUUGGUUACGCUUUGGUACUGAAGAAAAAGCAUCCAACUAUUUAUCCCGUUUACAACGUCGUAUCGAUUCACAAACUCAACCUAGUGUUUUUGAGCGGAUUACAAAUGCACUACGUCGUCGACUUCAGAGUCCCGUCAAGCAACAGGAUUAGCAUCAGGACAGCUCUUGUACUUUGUAUUUCGAUUGUUUCAUCUAAACAUGUGAAAAAUUUUUUCGACUGCUACUUUUCUUGUAAACGGUCGUAUAUAUCGUCUAAUAUUUUUUAAUCAGAUUAUAGAUCACUAUUUUUCUAAAUGUUUGACUUUAUGUUAGAUGAGGUACAAUAUGUAGUAAUUUACUAUUGAUAUAUUCAUUAAAAGCGUCAGUUUUAAUUAGUUCUUAGUAACAGUGUUUCCCAACUUCGUAUUCGGACGAUUUCAACUUACAAAUUAAGCAUAUAACCUGAGAUAUUUCUCGAAGAAUUUAUCACUAUGUAUAUAAAGCGUGAAUUGUUAUAACUUUGGACUUCAUAAUUAUCACUUAAGUCAUUUUGCACAGCAGUCAGUACUCAUAUAGCUAUAGAGAUACACGAACUUCCUGGCUAUUUCAGAAACUUAUCGGGAAGGAUGAGUACAAACAGGUUGCUUCCAAUAUUGGGGAACUUGACGUUUUAAUAUUGGUAUGGCAUUUCUGCACCUAUCGGUUGUGAUUGAAUAAGUGAUGUGACAACGUUCAGCAAAAUGAUAAUUUGCCCACUUUUUCCGCCCUAAUUACAAAUGUUCGUUGGGAUGUAUUCAAUCCCAAGAAACUUGAUAGUUUUCGCCAACGUGUAUUUUAUUAUUAUAGUCUACAUGUUGAACAAUCAACCAUUUAUAUGAAAUGUAAGAUCUGGUACAUAUGUGGAUUGGUUAAAGUUCCUACACCCCAUAAGGGCAGCGAGAUAAAAUUGUCAGGGAAAAUCCCUACAGUAGUAGGGUUAACGGUAAGAUAAAAGAUUAGGCAUUAAAGAUACGAUUCCAGGAUAUAUGAAUUAGUGAAGUAAAAAAGUUUAUGAAGAAUAUAGAAUCUUAGGAUCUAAGGGAAGACAAAGAAUGAAUGCACCUGCGCCAUCGCGAAUGAUUCUAAGCCGUGCCACUCAAAAUCUCUAACCAUUGGUUACGAAAAGCACACACCACCCGGCAGUUUGCAUUUAUUUACAAUAGUUAACCCCAACAGUCAGUGUCUUCCGCUGGGCCUUGGUUUGAUCACUCUUAGCUUUUUUUUAAACGUACUACAUCAGUCAUCCUCGUGCAUGAAGGUAGACGGUCUAUAGGCUGCUUUAGUAUGUCCCGACCACCUCAGUUGACGAAUAUUUGCAGCUUAGUUUUUUUAAAUCUUAUGUCCGGUGUGUAACCUUAACAUCGUUCACUCGAAGGUCCCAACAGUCUAUAGGAGUGUUUCGAAGGCUUCUAUGAUCAAAUAGUAGUAACCUACAUCUAUCCUCUAUUUUUAAGGGUCACAUUCCACAGCCAUAAAUUAAAACAGCGAAUUGUUGAACAGUAUACUUGUUGUGGUUGCUAAACGAACAUCUUGCUUAAGCUACAAGUGACGUUAUCCAGCCGAGACUUCUGACUCUACAUAGAUUUCACCAGGCCACUAAAGCUGAUGAGACUACCAAGGUUAAUUAAAGUGAUCAACACGCUAGAUAAACACAACGCCUAUCAUUAAGUUUAGACAUUGAAGUAGAUCAAUCAUGAAACUUUUUGUAUUUAGGAGAGACACAUUCCAAACAUGGUUGACCAAUCGCAGAACUGCAUUUUGUCAGCGUCUUCAGCAAAUGGGAUUAUGUAUUCUAAAUCUGGUACACCAAUCUUUGAGAAUUUAAAUGAGGAAGUAUGUAUGUGAUAAGAUUGAAUAAAAUUCGGGGGAGUGAUCAAGGCUAACACAUACUGCUUGAUAACAGUUUACUUAGACUCGAAAAAUUGUUUGAGUGAAGAGCCC